ACUCUCCACUUAUUCACCACAACUGAUACGUUCGAAGUGCGUACCAGUAUGGGUGCAUUUAACUGCUCGCAAGUUUGAUGUGAUUCGAUGGUUCGAGCUCUCUGGUCAUCCUCGGUCAGCCCUACGGCGUAGAAUCGAAACUAAAACCGAGAGGAGAAACUUUUGCUCUACUCAAAGAAGAAACUGCGUUUGUUUGCUCCUCCGAUGAACUCCUUGUGACGCAAGCAAUCUAUUAUGACCGUCGGUUUGGGAUCAUCAUCGACGGCCGAACUCCCGGAUCACCUAGGCAUUCCAGGUGCCGUCCCCCAGAAGAGAGUUUCAUUCCGAAAUAGAUCUUCCAAGACAAUGAGUCUCAGAUCAGCAAGCUCGGCCCAGUCCCAACUCGCCUUGUUCCUGAACUGCCAAGAAGUUACAUUCGUCGCCAAUGACCUGUCCACUUACAAACAAUUCAUCACGAUCUUCAAUCCGUACAGUUUCAGUGUUCGCUUCAAAGCGUUCUGCACAUCUCCCCAAAAAUACGAGUUAUCUCUGGCGGGCGGCACGGUUCCUGCUAUGAACAGUAUUGAUAUCGUGGUAAAAUUGAAAGACUCGAGCAAUGUGGGCUCGGUGGAUAAGUUCCGCUUCAAGAUAUCGGAGCCAUCGAAUCCCAAUAAUAUAUUGGGCGAGCGAGAACUUGAUGUGAUCCUACUGGCCGAUAAGCCAACUUCGCACGAGAUCCCGUCGGGAGAGAGCUUCCGGCCUCAGAGAGCAACGUCGCGUCCACGCGCAGUGAUUCCCAACGAAAGCCAGGAUUCCGAGCCGAAAGCGAACGUCUUCGUCAUACUACUAGGCGUGUCCUGCUUGCUCAGUCUGUGCCUGCCAACAAGCGGAGAAGCUACGGAGUCGUCGAUAGCUCAAUACGUCACUCUCACUGUGAACCAAAAACUCAUCGCUGCCUUCGUACUAGGGAUGGUGACGAUGGUGGUAUUUAGAACAAAGUAGGUAGGCCGUGGUAGCGCCCCCGUGUACAAAUCUCCGGUGCCUUUUGACACGCUCCUAGAUUGUUAUGUGAUUACGAAGUUUUGUGAACGAUUUGUGAUGCGCGUUCUCAGAGAAUCGAUUUUGGAGGUUGAAAUGAGAGCGAGCAUGAUUAAGAGUACGCGAGAUCACAUCUCUCAUCUGUAAAUGUUAUCCACCUGGAAGCUGUAAGUUUAAAUAAAACGAUCAUAGACGUUUUAUACGAGCCUA